UGGGCUAACGCCCCCCCCCCCCCCCUGCUUAUCCGUAAUCACGCCGUGCUUCCUCUCGCCACGGCUCCAGACGCCCCUCGUCUCCGCCGCUCGGCGCGGCGCCAUGGCCCCCGCCGCUCUCCUCCCGCUCGCCCUGUCGACGCCUCACCCGGGCCCACCGCUGCGCCCCCUCUGCCGCUGCGGCGCCUCGCGCCGCGGCUUCACCAUCCACACCGUCAUCGCCAUCGCCAUUACCUCCACCUCCGCCGCCGGCGGUGCCGCUGAGACGCCCUCCUCAUCGACGCCUCCCUCUAAACCCGGGGCCCCGGUGCUGGGCGGCAUCGCGAACACGAGGUCCUGGUCGCAGUACUACGGCAGCGGCUUCUCCAUCCGCGUGCCGCCGUCCUUCGACGACAUCCUGGAGCCUGAGGACUACAGCGCCGGGAUGACCUACUACGGCGACAAAGCCAAGCCCCGGUCGUACGCGGCCCGCUUCGCGUCUCCAGAUAGGGACGAACUUGUAAGCGUGGUGAUUAAGCCGUCGAAUCAGCUCAAGAUCACAUUCCUAGAGGCAAAAGAUAUAACUGACUUGGGCACUCUAAAGGAGGCAUCAAAGAUAUUUGUACCUGCUGGUGCAAAAUUAUACUCAGCUCGAACAAUUAAAGUUAAGGAUGAGGAGGAUAUUAGGAUGUAUUACUUCUAUGAAUUUGGUCUGGACAAACAACAUGUUGCUCUAAUGGCUACCGUGAAUAGUGGGAAGACAUAUAUUGCUGCUGCCACUGCUCCACAGACAAAGUGGAACGAUGACGGCGUGAAGCUGCGUUCAGCUGCUGUAUCCCUUUCUGUUUCGUAAUUGUGCGAAAUGGGAUACCACAACGAUUAUGUCAGAACUUCGGCUUCAGCAUCAUGCAUAGAGGAAUCAUUUUUCAUCCUGCAUUUUGGUCGUGGAAAGAAGGUACAUAGUUGUAUUAAUCGGCAACAGUUACAAACGAAAUAGCUGAGAUUCUGCACGUUGUUGGAGUGGCAUCUGUAACAUUUUUUUUAAUUAGAAAAUAUUUUGAGAAAUGGCAUCAUAACUGAAUUUUAAUGACUA